AUCCCACCCACACCACCACCACCACCACUGCUAAGGGGGAUGAAGGCCUUGUUGUUGGUCAUCUUUACCCUGGCCUCGUCGCUCGGCGCCUUCGCCGAGCAAUGCGGAAGGCAAGCCGGGGGGGCUCUCUGCCCCGGUGGGCUGUGCUGUAGCCAGUACGGCUGGUGCGGUAACACGGAUCCAUACUGCGGCAAAGAUUGCCAGAGCCAAUGCGGCGGUAGCGGCGGUGGCAGCGUGGACUCGAUCAUCAGCUCCUCCCUCUUCGAGCAGAUGCUGAAGCAUCGCAACGACGCAGCCUGCCCCGGCAAGGGCUUCUACACGUACACCGCCUUCAUCGCCGCCGCCAACUUCUUCAGCGGGUUCGGGACGACCGGCGACGACACCGCGAGGAAGAGGGAGAUCGCGGCUUUCUUGGCGCAGACGUCUCACGAGACGACAGGUGGGUGGGCGACGGCUCCCGAUGGUCCGUACGCGUGGGGUUACUGCUUCGUCCAGGAACAGAACCCCCCAUCGGACUACUGCGUCGCCAGCUCGCAGUGGCCGUGCGCUGCAGGCAAGAAGUACUACGGCCGAGGCCCCAUCCAAAUCUCAUUCAACUACAACUACGGGCCAGCCGGGAGAGCCAUCGGCUCCGACCUGCUCAACAACCCAGACCUGGUGGCCACCGACGCGACAAUCUCCUUCAAGACGGCUCUGUGGUUCUGGAUGACUCCUCAGUCGCCCAAGCCGUCGUGCCACGACGUGAUAACCGGGAGGUGGACGCCAUCCAACGCCGACCAGGCGGCCGGAAGGCGUCCGGGCUACGGUGUCACCACCAACAUCAUCAAUGGAGGGUUGGAGUGCGGGAAAGGGUACGAUGCCAGGGUGGCGGAUAGGAUCGGCUUCUACAAGAGGUACUGCGACUUGCUGGGGGUGAGCUACGGAGACAACUUGGACUGCUACAACCAGAGACCCUUUGCUUCUACAGCAGCUACAGCCACAUUCUAGCGGUGAGCUAUGGAGACUACUUGGACUGCUACAACCAGAGACCCUUGACUUGGUCCGAUGCUGCUGUGAUGAAUCCAUGUAUUAAGCGCAAUAAACGCUAUUGCAGAGAUAGCGACUCCGUGAGUUGACUGUAGUAGUUGCGGAGGAAGUCUUCAAUAAAAGCUAAGCAGAACAAGUACCAUGGCCCACAA